UUUGCCGGUUUUGUUUUUGUUUACAAAAUUGUUAUGUUGUGAUCUUUUAUGUUAAAUUUUAUUUAUCUUUAUUUAUUUGUUGCUAUUAUAUGCUGUAAAGAAAUUAUGUCAAACGCAUCAGACGAAUGUAAUUGCGAAGAUGUUUGCAGUCCAAUAGUGUCAUUUGAUGAACUUUUGAAUAAUCGACAUGAUAAACUUCGCUGGUGUGACAUGGUUGAACCGUUGGCCAAACGGUCAUCACCAAGAUAUCCAACAAGAGAUUUCUAUUCAAUGGAUAGUGAUAUUGUAAUUCCAUUUGAAGACUUUUCUGAGAAUCGUCCAGAAGUACUUGUGUGCCAUGACUACAAAGGAAAUUAUCUAGACGAUAAGUUUAUCAAUGGAGGUGUCAAAUGGGAAGAAUAUCGUUUUUAUAACUGGAGUGUCGUUGACAUUUUCUGCUAUUUUUCACACAAUCUCGUCACGAUUCCAACGCUUCAAUAUCUCAACGCAGCACAUCGCAAUGGCGUUAAAGUUAUUGGAACAUUUAUUGUUGAGAAUGAAGAUGGACGAAAAGCCCUUCACGACAUGUUGGUCGAUAGAGAACAAACUGAAAAAGUAGCAACGUCAUUAGUAGAAAUUGCGAAACGAUUAAGCUUUGAAGGAUGGCUGUUGAACGUUGAAGUGUAUGUAAAUCCUGAAAAGCUGCAUCUCUUGAAACAUUUUGUGCAAUAUUUAACGGAAAAGACGCAUAAAGAGAUAAAGGAUGGCAGAACCAUAUGGUAUGAUUCUGUAAGUGCAAUCACGGGAGGAUUGUUGUGGCAAAAUGAACUGAAUCAUGUGAAUGAAGAAUUUUUCGAUCUUUGUGAUGGAAUCUUUACUAAUUACAAUUGGUCAGUGAACCAUUUAGAGAGGACUUCAAAGUUGAUUGAUGAAAAGUAUUCAAGCAGACGAAAGGAUGUUUUCUUUGGAAUUGAUGUGUUUGGAAGGGGACAAGUUGCAGGAUAUAGAACUAAUGAGACGCUUUCGAAAAGUGCAGCAUUUCAAUUCAGCACGGCAAUAUUCGCACCUGGAUGGACAUCAGAAACAAUCAACACAAAAGUUGGAUUCGAUGAUCAUCAUUCAUCUGAGAAAUUUAAAACACGCUUCAACGAAGUCUUCCUGACUCGAAAUGACAACUUUUGGUCAUCAUUGUACACUUAUUUCUACAUAUUUGGUCCGAAAUCACUUCCAUUUGUCACAAACUUUUGUAUUGGUUCCGGAAAGAAGUUGUAUAGAAUGGGAAAGGAAGUAAAAGGAAAUUGGUUUAAUUUAAAGGCACAAGCUUUUCAGCCAUCAAUGCCAUCAUCAAAUGGAUACUUUACUCAUUAUUAUGAAGAUUCUUUCAAUGGAGGAAGUUGUUUGUCAAUCGAUUCGAAUGAAUUGACUAGAAUUUUCACCUGCGAACUGCCAUGUAAGGAAGGAUUGAUUUUCUCGUUUACAACUAAAAAGGAAUCUCCCGAAAAUGAUUUUGAAGUACAUUUGAAUGCCUUAAAUACAGCCACAAAUCGUGGAUUGAAAAUUGUAUGCAAAAAGGAAGCAAAGCAUGCAAAUGACAUUUCAUCAUUAAAGUCUGAAGAUGUUCGUUCCUUAAACAUUUUCUUAGCCAACAAAGGAUAUCCACCAACUCCUGAACUCAUCAACUCUUGGGAAACUCAAUAUUUUCUGUUAAAGUUUAACAAAAGCUCAUCUGAGAACAUAAUAGUCACUGACAUUGGUGUGAAGAAAAUCCAUAGAGGAAAAGUUUUGCUAGGACAAAUAGCUUUUUACUCUGCAAUUGACUUUGAGAGUGAUUCUAUUAGAGUUAAGAACAUUGAUUUGUGAGGAAUUAUUUAUUUGGUAUUAAAUUCUGUAUUUUAUACAAGACUUUAAAUAAAACCAUGAAAUAUAUUUUGAUAAUCAAGCAUAAAC